AUGGAGCAGGGACAGCGCAGCGGCUCCAGGCCCGCAGAGCCCGGGCCUUGCCUGAGCAGCCGGUGCAGCGCGGACCAGGCGGCCUCGGUCUCCUUGCUGAGUGCUGCUGGGGCUGAGCCCGGGAGCAGCACGCUCGCCGUGGCCGCCGUGUUGCCGGCGGGGGGGUGCGGAGAGAGAAUGGGCGUCCCCACCCCGAAGCAGUUCUGCCCAGUCCUGGAGAGGCCGCUCAUCAGCUACACCCUGCAGGCCAUGGAGAGAGCAUGUUGGAUAAAGGACAUUAUUGUGGUGGUAACUGGAGAGAACAUGGAAGCAAUGGAAAAUAUCAUUAAGAAGUAUAAGCAUAAACGCAUCUCACUAGUUGAAGCCGGAGUGACUCGCCACAGGUCGAUUUUCAAUGGACUAAAAGCAUUGGCAGACAAUCAGCCCAACUCCAGACUUUCUAAGCCAGAGGUUGUGAUUAUCCAUGAUGCCGUGAGACCAUUUUUUGAGGAAGAUAUCCUCCUCAAAGUUGUCACAGCUGCUAAGGAACAUGGGGCAGCAGGAGCAGUUAGACCUCUCGUAUCUACUGUCAUCAGUCCCUCUGCUGAUGGUUGCUUAGACCACUCGCUAGAACGUGCCAGACACAGAGCAAGUGAAAUGCCACAGGCUUUUCUGUUUGAUGUGAUUUAUGAAGCAUAUCAGCAGUGUAGUGACUAUGACUUGGAAUUCGGAACCGAAUGUUUACAGUUGGCUCUAAAAUAUUGCCACAUUAAAGCCAAACUUGUAGAAGGAUCACCUGACCUCUGGAAGGUGACCUACAAACGAGAUCUGUAUGCGGCUGAAUCGAUUAUUAAGGAGAGAAUAUCACAAGAAAUUUGUAUAGUUAUGGACAAAAAAGAAAAUAAAGAACACAUAGGUCAUCUUCUUGAAGAAGUGCUAAAAACUGAAUUAAAUCAUAUACAUGUCAGAUCUCAGGCUUUGUAUAAUGCUGGCAGUGAUAUUCAACAUAUCAACUUGGAGCAAUGCUAUAAUUUCGUUUGUGUGAAUGUGAAGGAACCUGAUUUCCAAGAGACCCAGAAGUUAAUGAGUAUGCUUGAAGAGAGCAACUUUUCCAUUUUAUAUUCCAUUGUUGUAGUUUCAGUACAUUUUCUUGAUUUUAAAUUAGUGUCUCCCAGUCAGAAAAUGGAAAGCCUAAUGUGGAUUAGGGAAUUUGCAAAGAAAAUGAAAAAAAGAAAAAUUUUAUUAUAUGGUCUUCUCAUAAAUUACUCACAGGAUGAGCAGAAGCUACAGGAGAGUUUAAGGCAAGGUGCCAUCAUUAUUGCUGCCUUAAUUAAAGAAAGAAAUUCUGCACUCAUUGGCCAGCUGCUGGUAGCAUGA